CGCCACGGCCGACUCUCAGCAACCUCACGCCGCCACCAUGUCUAUUGAGUUUCCGAGGGAGGAGGAGCGCAUCCUCGCGCGCUGGAAGGAGAUUGACGCUUUCCUGAGGCAGGUUGAGCUCUCGAAAGGAAAGCAACCAUACACUUUCUACGAUGGACCGCCUUUCGCGACGGGAUUGCCGCAUUAUGGCCAUCUUCUGGCCUCGACCAUCAAAGACAUCAUCCCCCGCUACUGGACCAUGAAGGGCCGCUAUGUUGAACGACGCUUCGGUUGGGAUACUCACGGUGUGCCCAUCGAGUAUGAGAUUGACAAAGAACUGGGCAUGUCGGGACGCGACGCUGUCAAGGAGAUCGGAAUCGCCGAGUACAACAAGAAGUGCCGGGCGAUUGUCAUGCGAUAUUCAACAGAAUGGAGGUCGACCAUUGACCGUCUGGGCCGCUGGAUCGACUUCGACAACGACUACAAGACCAUGGACACCAGCUUCAUGGAGUCAGAAUGGUGGGUUUUCAAGCGCUUGUUCGACAAGGGCGCUGUGUACAAGGGUUACAAGGUUAUGCCAUACAGCACUGCAUUGGCCACGCCUCUCAGCAACUUUGAGGCCACACAAAACUACAAGGACGUUCAAGAUCCCGCAGUUGUCGUCACAUUCCCGCUCUUGGACGAUCCAAACACAUGUUUGCUGGCAUGGACCACAACUCCAUGGACACUGCCUUCAAACACCGGCCUCUGCGCGCAUCCUGAUUUUGAAUACGUCAAGAUUCUCGACGAAGCAUCUGGAAAACACUACAUCCUGCUCGAGGCACUACUACGCACACUUUACAAGGACCCCAAGAAGGCCAAGUUCAAGAUUGUCGAGAAGCUGAAGGGCAAGGACAUGUUGGGCUGGAAAUACGAGCCACUGUUCGACUACCUCUACGAGGACUUCAAGGACUACGGCUUCAAGGUUGCCAACGAUACCUACGUCACAGCAGACAGUGGUGUGGGCAUUGUCCACCAGGCACCCGCAUACGGAGAGGACGAUUACCGCGUUGCUAAGGCCCAUGGUGUCAUCUCUGACACCCGACCACCACCAAACCCAGUUGACGACCAAGGUCGCUUUACUUCAGUUGUCCGCGAUUUCGAGGGACAACAUGUCAAGGCAGCAGAUAAGGGCAUUAUCAAGCAUCUGAAGGGCACCGGUCGCUUGAUUGUGGACUCACAGCUUCUCCAUAGCUAUCCCUUCUGUUGGCGAUCCGACACACCUCUCAUCUACCGAACUGUCCCAUCGUGGUUCGUCAAGAUUCAGGAUAUUGUGCCUCAGAUGCUGGAGAACAUUGCUGGUUCGCACUGGGUUCCUUCCUUCGUCAAGGAGAAGCGCUUCGCCAACUGGAUCACAAACUCACCCGAUUGGGCUGUGUCACGAAACCGUUUCUGGGGCACGCCGCUUCCGCUGUGGGUCAGCGACGACGGCAAAGAGGUGGUCUGUGUUGGCAGCGUCGAGGAGCUGAAGAAGCUCAGUGGAUACGAGGGCGAGCUUACCGAUAUCCACAGGGACAAGAUCGACCACAUCACUAUACCCAGCAAAGAGGGCAAAGGCGUACUGCGAAGAACAGAGGAGGUCUUUGACUGCUGGUUCGAGUCUGGUUCCAUGCCCUACGCCAGUGCGCAUUACCCAUUCGAGAACGUGGAGCAGUUCGAGAAGUCCUUCCCGGGUGAUUUCAUCGCGGAAGGUCUUGACCAAACGCGUGGUUGGUUCUACACACUCACAGUUCUUGGAACACAUCUCUUUGGCAAACUGCCUUUCAAGAAUUGUGUCGUCAACGGUAUCGUACUCGCGGAAGAUGGCAAGAAGAUGUCGAAGCGCCUCAAGAAUUACCCCGACCCUAACUUGAUCAUGAGCAACUACGGUUCUGAUGCGCUGCGAUUGUAUCUUAUCAACUCACCUGUCGUUCGCGCCGAGACACUACGAUUCAAGGAGGCAGGAGUCAAGGAGAUUGUUUCCAAGGUCCUUCUACCUCUAUGGAACAGCUACCAGUUCUUCGAGCAACAAGUGUCACUGCUGAAGAAGGUUGCUGAACUGGACUUUGUUUUCGACCCUGAGGCUGGCAAGACCAACAAGAACGUGCUUGACCGAUGGAUCCUCGCGUCCUGUCAGUCGCUACUGAAGUUUGUGAACGAGGAGAUGGCUGCAUACAGGUUGUACACCGUGGUUCCGCGGUUACUGGAGCUCAUUGACAACACGACAAACUGGUACAUUCGUUUCAACCGACGCCGGUUGAAGGGUGAGCACGGUCUGGAGGACACCAAACAUGCUCUCAACACCCUCUUCGAGGUUCUUUACACACUCUGCCGCGGUCUCGCACCCUUCACACCAUUCAUCACAGACAACAUUUACCUGCGAUUACAACCUCACAUACCCAAGGAACUGCAUGUGGAAGACAACCGAAGUGUCCACUUCUUGCCCUUCCCAGAAGUGCGCGAAGAGCUAUUUGACGUGGACGUCGAACGCCAAGUUAAGCGCAUGCAGUCAGUCAUCGAGCUUGGCCGUAUUUGCCGAGACCGUGCCAACAAGGGUCUGAAGAUCCCGUUGAAGACUUUGGUAGUCAUCCACCCAGAACAGCAAUAUCUUGAUGACAUCAAGUCACUGGAGAACUACAUUCUGGAGGAGUUGAACGUCCGGGAUCUGGUACUGUCAAGCGACGAGGAGAAGUACAACGUCCAGUACUCAGCGUCGGCCGACUUCUCCGUUCUCGGCAAGAAGCUGAAGAAGGAUGCUAUCAAGGUCAAGAAGGCGCUACCAAACCUCAAGAGCCAGGAGAUCAAGGACUACCUGAAGAGCGGCGAAAUUGUCGUGGACGGUAUCAAGCUCGAGGCUGAAGAUUUGAUGGUCAAGCGCGGUCUGGCCAAAGAUUCCAGCAACAAGGACCAAGAGUUCAACACUGACAACGACGUCCUCAUUUUGCUCGACGUUGCCUCAUACCCAGAGCUUGAGCAAGAAGGUCUCGCGCGUGAGGUCAUCCGCCGUGUACAAGAUCUCCGCAAGAAGGCCGGAUUGGUGCCGACUGAUGAUGUAGGCAUGGAGUACCGUGUGCUGGCCGACCCAGAGAAUGUAGGUUUGGAGAAGGCAUUUGAGAACCAAGGUCCACUAUUUGAGAAGGCUCUACGGAGACCUGUGGACAAGCACGUCAUCACCGAGCUUGACGGCAAGAUCCCAGAGAACAGCAACGAGAAGGUCAUCGCGGAGGAGGAGCAAGAGCUCCACAAGGCGACUUUCAUGUUGCGAUUGAUCAAGCUAUGAUAGCGUUUGGAUGUGAUUUGAUAGCAUGAUGGCGUGGGAUGAAUCGUUGAAGAAAUGAAAACCAAAUUUCGAAGUUCAUGUCAAAACGCCUCUAUAUGCCUUACGUGUCAAAAAAGCUCCUGCCACCGCUACUACCGUUGCUUGUACGCCUUC